GCCGAGUAUAAAACGGGACCUAAGCGGUUAGACUGAUGUUUAUUCAAACGCCCGAAGAUGCUACGCACAGCCACAUUCGUUCUCCUCUGCUUGGCAGUUACCUUAGGAUGGGCCAAUCCUUUAGGUAAGGCUGUAGAAGAGAGAGAUCCGGAGCUCAACCCAGACCUGUUCGAAGGAGAUAUUAUGGGUAUUAAUCCAGGAGAGACGCCGAAGAGUGCCGUCAUCGAUCCCACCAUCCUUUGGCCUAAUGGCAUCGUAUAUUACACUGUUGGCGCCGGAUUCACUACACAGGAACGUGCAACUCUCGAUGAGGCUUUUGCCAUCUACGAAGCCAACAGCUGCAUUAGAUUCGUUCAACGCACAAACGAGGAAUACUACGUGUCCGUCCAGAAGACUGGUGGCGGGUGCUACAGCUACAUCGGUAGGCGCCCACGUCUUUUGCAGCCACAGACUCUAUCCUUGGACUCCGGUUGUUUCCGUUGCACAGCUACUGGAUGCAAAACUGGAACCCCCAUUCACGAAUUCUUGCACGCACUGGGUUUCUAUCACGAGCAGAGCCGCACCGAUCGCGAUGAUUAUGUAACCAUCAAUUACGCCAACAUUCAGCCAGGCAAAGAAGGCAACUUCGAGAGCUACGGAACUGAUGUCAUCACGGAUCAAGGACUGGCUUACGACUACGGAUCCGUUAUGCAUUACGGAGCAUACGCCUUCGCUGUCGAUCCCAACGUCCCAACUAUUAUCGUACCUGACGGCGUUUCUAUUGGUCAACGAGAAGGUUUUAGCGAGCUUGAUUUGGCCGGCCUUAAUUUGCUUUACGGAUGUGCUGAAAAGAAAAACGCCGUUGCUACCGCAUAAGCUGCAGAAGGAGAAACUCAUCAACUACUUACCCCAUCCAACUUUAGAAUUAACAAACACAAUAGCAAUCGACAAUUCGUUGACUAAUUGGCAAUAAAUCAAUUGAAAU